AUGUCAGCCAACAUAACCGAUCCGCUCAACCUCGGCGAUCUCGUGGUCCGCAACAGGAACGUCAUGGCCUCGCUCACCAGGAACCGUUCCUUGCCUACGAACGUUCCGAACGAAGUUAACCUCGAGUACUACCUACAACGUGCCAAGGGCGGAUGCGGACUGAUCAUGUCUGAGGGUACACUCAUCUCUCAGCAAGGCACGGAGUGGCCGAACGCGCCAGGAAUCUGGAGCGAAGAGCACGUCGAGGCGUGGAAGCGGAUCAUAGAUGGUGUGCACCAAGCCGGCGCGCUGAUAUUUUGCCAGCUCUGGCACGUGGGGCGUGUCGCUCAUCCGGACAUGCCUGAGCAAAAGAAAGCAGGCAAGCCUGUACCUGGACCCUCUGCUAUUUCUGCCCGGGGUGGCAAAUUUAGAACACUGCCCGGAAAACCGGGAUACGUUACGCCCACUGCCAUCGAAGACCCGUGGGUCCUCGUAGAAGAGUACAGACAUGCCGCCAAGAUGGCGAAGAAGGCUGGUUUCGAUGGCGUAGAACUUCACUCGGCUAAUGGGUACCUCGUUCAUGAGUUCCUGGAUUAUACUUCCAACAAGCGCACAGACGAAUGGGGUGGUUCCGUGGAGAACCGCUGCAGAUUCGGUCUCGAAUGCCUCAAGGUUCUCAUAGAUGUUUGGGGUCCCGCUCGCGUAGGGAUCAAAGUCAAUCCGUGCGGAGGCUACAAUGACGUCGGAAUGCCUCUACCCGACACCAUCCAGACCUUCACCCAUUACCUCACCCAAAUCUCCGCCAUGAAGAUCGCACACGUCCAGCUCGUCCGCUACGUUCCGAUCAUGGACCCCGUUGUACCCGUCAGGCCCGACAUCAAGCAGAUGGAGGACAACUGUCCCGACGCAGAAUGCAGGCGCGGGACGCCGCACAAUGUCCUCGCCGUGUACGGGGGCAUCAUCAAACCGCCUGCUGCGUCCCUCAAAGAGCAUUCCGAGAGGCUCAUCCGCGGCCCGGCAAUGCCUGCGCCGGACCUCGACCAUAAGAACCCGACGCCGACGCGGCUCUUCGUCAACGGCGGGCUGAGCCCCGACGAGGCGAAGUCUCUGCUCGACGAAGGCGUCGUGGACGGCGUGGUGUUCGGCACGCUGUGGAUCUCCAACCCGGACUUGCAGAAAAGGAUUGAGCGCGGGUUGCCCGUCAACACGCAGCCGGAUGUCAAGACCUUCUACCUGGGCCAUGGAGACGAUAUCCGCGCUGGAUACACGACGUACCCAGAGGCGGAAGGUUACAGGCUGUAG